GGGAGGAGGAGACAGCGGGGAAAGGUGUCAGAUAAAGGAGGGCUCUCCUCCGGUUUGGAGGCAUCAUGGCCGCUAAGUCAGACGGGAGGCUGAAAAUGAAGAAGAGCAGCGACGUGGCGUUCACCCCGCUGCAGAACUCGGACCACUCGGGCUCGGUGCAGGGAUUGGCUCCGGGCUUGCCGUCGGGGUCGGGAGCCGAGGACGAGGAGGCGGCCGGGGGCGGCUGCUGCCCGGACGGCGGCGGCUGCUCGCGCUGCUGCUGCUGCUGUGCCGGGAGCGGCGGCUCGGGCGGCGGCUCCGGGGGCUUGGGCGGCCCGGGCGGCGGCGUUGGCGGCCCGGGCGGCAGCGGGGCGGGCUCGGCGGCGCUGUGCCUGCGCCUGGGCAGGGAGCAGCGGCGCUACUCGCUGUGGGACUGCCUCUGGAUCCUGGCCGCCGUGGCCGUGUACUUCGCGGACGUGGGCACGGACAUCUGGCUCGCCGUGGACUACUACUUGCGCGGCCAGCGCUGGUGGUUCGGGCUCACGCUCUUCUUCGUGGUGCUCGGCUCGCUCUCGGUGCAAGUGUUCAGCUUCCGCUGGUUCGUGCACGAUUUCAGCACCGAGGACAGCGCCACGACCGCAGCCGCCUCCAGCUGCCCGCAGCCUGGAGCCGAUUGCAAGACUGUGGCCAGCAGUGGGUCUGCAGCCGCGGAAGGCGAGGCUCGUCCUUCCACGCCGCAAAGGCAAGCGUCCAACGCCAGCAAGAGCAACAUCGCCGCCGCCAACAGCGGCAGCAACAGUAGCGGGGCCACCCGGGCCAGCGGCAAACACAGGUCUGCGUCCUGCUCCUUCUGCAUCUGGCUCCUGCAGUCACUGAUCCACAUCUUGCAGCUCGGGCAGAUCUGGAGAUAUUUCCACACCAUAUACUUAGGUAUUCGAAGCCGGCAGAGUGGGGAGAAUGACAGAUGGAGGUUUUACUGGAAAAUGGUGUAUGAGUAUGCAGAUGUGAGUAUGCUGCAUUUGCUAGCCACCUUUCUGGAAAGUGCUCCACAGCUGGUCCUGCAGCUCUGCAUUAUCGUACAGACUCAUAGCUUACAGGCCCUCCAAGGUUUCACUGCGGCGGCCUCCCUCGUGUCUUUGGCUUGGGCCCUGGCCUCUUACCAGAAGGCCCUCCGGGACUCUCGAGACGACAAGAAGCCCAUCAGCUACAUGGCCGUCGUCAUCCAGUUCUGCUGGCACUUCUUCACCAUCGCCGCCAGAGUCAUCACCUUCGCCCUCUUCGCCUCGGUUUUCCAGCUCUACUUCGGGAUCUUCAUCGUCCUCCACUGGUGCAUCAUGACCUUCUGGAUCGUACACUGUGAGACAGAAUUCUGUAUCACCAAAUGGGAAGAGAUUGUGUUCGACAUGGUGGUGGGGAUCAUCUACAUUUUCAGCUGGUUCAACGUCAAGGAAGGCAGGACUCGCUGUAGGCUCUUCAUCUACUACUUUGUGAUUCUUUUGGAAAAUACAGCCUUGAGUGCCCUCUGGUACCUCUACAAGGCUCCCCAGAUCGCAGACGCGUUUGCCAUCCCGGCGCUGUGUGUGGUGUUCAGCAGCUUUUUAACUGGCGUCGUUUUUAUGCUGAUGUAUUAUGCCUUCUUUCACCCCAACGGACCCAGGUUCGGGCAGUCACCAAGCUGUGCUUGUGAGGACCCAGUCGCCGCCUUCACUCUGCCUCCAGAGGUGGCCACGAGCACGCUCCGGUCCAUCUCCAACAACCGAAGCGUCGCCAGCGACCGCGACCAGAAAUUUGCAGAGCGGGACGGGUGCGUCCCUGUCUUUCAGGUGAGGCCCACGGCCCCGUCCACCCCAUCGUCUCGCCCACCACGGAUUGAAGAAUCUGUCAUUAAAAUUGACCUGUUCAGGAAUAGGUACCCAGCGUGGGAGAGACACGUUUUGGACCGAAGCCUCCGGAAGGCCAUCUUAGCCUUUGAAUGUUCCCCGUCUCCUCCAAGGCUGCAGUACAAAGAUGAUGCCCUUAUUCAGGAGCGGCUGGAGUAUGAAACCACUUUAUAAAAUAGAAGGCUUUGGAGGGGCC